AUGAGCAAAGACUCCUCCCCAACAAACAUCCACAUGCACCACCCCCGUCUAGCCGACUACUUCGAAGACUUCACGCGCCCACACACCUCACAAACCACCGCGCUGACCUCCUCCGCCUCCUCCUCCCACAUCUACCACCACGGCGGCACAGGCGCAAACGCUGCCUCAGGCGUAACCUACGGCUCGUCCUCGCCGGCGCUCGUCCCCUCCUUCCUACCCAUCGAAGAAAUCUACGUGCUUCCGCAGUACCAGCCGCCGAAUCCGGAGGAUGAGGAUGACGUGGUGCCGGAUCAGCAUGCGGCGUUUGGGAUUACGAGGGCGAUGGAGAGGAGGAGGGAGGCCGUUUGGAGGGAUCUAGGGCUGGAGGGACUCGUUGGUGGGGGUGGGAAGUCCGGGAAGAAGGUUAGGGUUAAAGAGGCGGGGAGGUUGAUGGGGGGGAAGAGGGUGGUUUGUUUACGGUGA